UACACAUUUCAUGGUUUAUAUGGAAGCUUCAUCUUGACUUCCCUUCCUCUCUCCAUUUCUGUGAGCAGAGAAAUAAUGGAGAGAGAUCAGGAGUCGUGGUUGAAGUCGCCCCUAAUUCACAUAUCUGAAGAUGAAGUGAAUCUGAAAGACGGGGGACUAGUAGAUGAUAACAAUUUCUCAAGAAAACUAAUAGCCGAGGAAGUAAAGAAGCAGCUAUGGCUAGCAGGACCUCUCAUAUCGGUCAGUUUUCUGCAAUACUGUUUGCAGAUGAUUUCCAUCAUGUUUGUGGGUCAUCUCGGCGAAUUGCCUCUCUCCGGUGCUUCCAUGGCCGUUUCUUUUACAUCGGUGACUGGUUUCACCGUCUUGAUGGGGAUGGCUAGUGCUCUGGAUACGUUUUGUGGCCAAUCUUAUGGAGCAAAGCAGUACCACAUGUUGGGCAUCUAUAUGCAAAGAGCAAUGUUUGUUCUUUCACUUGUGAGCAUACCUCUUGCAGUCAUCUGGGCUAACACAGGAGAAAUCCUGAAAUUACUUGGCCAAGAUGCUCAAAUUUCAGCAGAAGCUGGGAAAUAUGCUAAAUGCUUGAUUCCAUGCCUUUUUGCUCAUGGUCUUGUUCAGUGCCUGAACCGAUUUUUACAGACCCAAAACAUUGUUUUCCCAAUGAUGAUGAGUUCUGGAAUAGCAGCUUUGCUUCACAUUGCCCUCUGUUGGGUUAUGAUAUUCAAAGCUGGGCUUGAAACUCGAGGAGCUGCUUUGGCAAACUCCAUUUCUUAUUGGAUCAAUGCAUUGAUAUUGAUACUUUAUGUUAAGUUUUCUUCUUCAUGUUCAGAGUCUUGGACUGGCUUUUCAGCGCAGGCAUUUCACAACAUCUCGUAUUUCCUUAAACUUGCAAUCCCUUCAACUGUCAUGGUUUGCUUGGAACUGUGGUCAUUCGAGAUGGUGGUUCUUCUGUCUGGACUUCUACCAAAUCCAAAAUUAGAGACAUCAGUGCUUUCUAUUAGGUAUAAACAGAGACAUCAGUUCUUCAGGAGCAAUGUUAUUUUCUUUUGUUAUAUCCAACCACCUCUAGCUUGUCCAACAUGUUUCUUUACCAGCCUUAAUACAGAUUUAACCGUUUGGAUGAUACCAAUGGGUCUGAGUGCUGCUGCUAGCACGCGAGUUUCAAAUGAACUGGGAGCUGGCCGUCCUGCAGGUGCAAAGCUAGCAGCGUGUCUAGUUAUGACAAUAGCCGUUAUUGAGGGACUACUGCUUGGGACUGUCUUGAUUCUUAUACGAAAUGUUUGGGGUUAUGCAUAUAGCAAUGAACAAGAAGUGGUCAAAUAUGUUGCGGAUAUAGUUCCCAUAAUUGCAGUGUCCACUUUUUUCGAUGGACUUCAGUGUGUUCUUUCAGGCAUUGUUAGAGGAUGUGGUUGGCAGAAAAUUGGGGCAUAUGUCAAUCUUGGAUCGUAUUAUCUUGUGGGUAUUCCGUCUGCAGUUUUGCUUGCUUUUGUCUUGCACAUUGAUGGAAAGGGGCUGUGGUUAGGCAUCAUCUGUGCACUUGCUGUCCAAACACUUUCUCUUGCUAUCAUUACCAUCCGCACCAACUGGGACGAAGAAGCAAAGAUAGCUGCAGAACGAGUGUACGAGUCAGUCAUUCCAACGAACGUCAUCGCAUGAAACUAAAGCUCUUUUGGGUGGAGAAGCUUUGUCAUUAAUCUCUUUGCCUUUGAAAAUCAACAAAUUGUACAAUAUGACUCAUUGUUAAAAGCUUUUGACGAUUUUUGGAAAGUCGUAAGUAUUCCUCAACUGUUCUGAACUUGAUUCAAUUAGAUUUUGGAUCUCCAAUUAAAUUACGAGUCAGAUUGACCCACUAUAACUUCAUCA